AUGACUGAUUUACCGCUUAAAUACGUUUUGUCUAUUCAAUCAUCUGUUUGUUGGGGAUAUUGCGGGAAUAGGUCUGCAACAUUUCCACUACAGCUUUUGGGGUAUGAUGUCUCUGUUAUCCAUACUGUUCAGUUUUCUAACCACACGGGUUAUGGACAUUGGCGUGGUCAAACAUUUUCGGGCCAGCAUUUAGCAGAUCUUUACAAGGGAUUGAAAGAUAAUGGCAUUUUCAAGGAAUAUAAUUUUUUAUUAACAGGAUAUGUUCCUGGAAAAGAAGGAGUUGAAUCGAUGGCAUGUAUUGCAAAAGACAUAAAGGAAAAUAACCCUACAAUUGGAUGGCUUUUAGAUCCUGUGCUUGGAGAUAAUGGACGUCUUUAUGUUAGUUCAGAUGUAAUUCCUAUUUAUAAACAACUUCUCUUUAUCUGUGAUUUAAUUACACCUAAUCAAUUCGAAGCAGAAACUCUUUCUGAUAAAAAAAUUUCAUCAUUUGAAACUCUUUUAACUUGUUUAAAAAGUUUACAUAAAAGUUAUUGUCUUAAACACAUAGUUGUUACAUCAAUUCGAUUUGGUGCAGAUGACAAAGAGUUACAUAUUAUUGCAUCUUCAUGCAAGUCUGACUACACACCUCGUGCAGUCAAAAUAACUGUUCCAUACUAUGAUUAUACAUUAGUAGGUACAGGCGAUUUGUUUUCAGCACUUCUUUUGGCUCGAUUUAACGAAAAUAUGAAGUCAAUGACACCAGAUGAUGUAUCUGCAAUUCAUAUGCCUCUUACUCGUGCUCUUGAAUUAGUAGUUUCAUCAGUACAGGAUGUUAUAAAAAAUACAAUUAGUUCAAUUAAAGAGAACUAUGCACAUCUGAAGAAUCAAUUAUCAAAAGCUGAGAUGUUUAAAUUAUGUGAAUUGCGUGUUAUUCAAUCUCAAGAUUUUUUAAAAAAUCCGAGUUCUGAAUAUAAAGCGAUAAUUUUAAAAUAA